AUGGGCAUUAAUCCCGACCCGCCCGAUCCCGACCCGAUCCCCGCACCGAAUGGUGCAGGGAUUCGGAGAUUUUUCGGGGAUGGUUCUAGAAACUCAGAAAGAAAGUAUAGAGGUGUGCAGAGAGUAUCUUCAGGCAGGUGGAGUGCCAAAAUUGAAAAGAAAGGAAGGAAAAGAAUUCACCUCGGUACCUAUGAUUCAGAUGUUCAGGCAGCCCUAUCAUAUGAUAGGAUGGCUAGGAGAUUACAUGGUGACCGUGCUAAACUUAACUUUCCUGACGCACAGCCUGUUAGAGGUUUGGCAAGUGGAUCUGCUUUAGCAAAUAUACCUGGUGAACAACAUAUGCUGGAGGUUGGUAUUGAAGUACAAACUAGAGGAAGUCAAAUUGGAAGUUCUGUAUCAACUUCAACAAUCCUUGAUGAAACCUCUCAUCCUUCUCAAGUUAGGUUGCCAUUCGAAAUUUCAGAUUCUACACUCUUGGAUGCAAACACUGAUGCGAAACCACAGGAAAAUGUGCCCCUAAACGACUUCGGUGUUACUGAAGAAUUUUUUGAGAAGUUGUGGAGUUAA